UUAGCACGUUUCUGUACGAUUUUUAGUUUUGUUAUAUUACGUUUUCUUAUUGGUUUUUUAAUUGAGAUAAAAUGACGGACACUACACAAAAGCGUAAAGAGAUGAAAGAACGCUUCAAUGCACGAAUACGUGAGUUAACUUCUACGAAAGGUCAAAAUACCCAGAUAUUAUCGAAAAAAGCGUAUCAAGAAACAAUAGAAAAAGUAAAAUGGACAAAAAAGAAAACGUCCAGUAAAAAACCUGAAGAUUAUCAACGUUUGAAGAGGUAUGAUGUUCUUACCAUUGGUAACAUUGAAAAAUUAAUUGUGCCAGUGAAACAAACUGACUUGAUUAAAUUUUAUGUUCACACUGAAGAGGUUUUUCAAAUUAUAGACGAAACACACAUUUCAAUGAGCCACGCAGGUAGAAAUAAAAUGUCAACGGAAUUGCAUUCGCGUUUUAAAAACAUAACUCGUGAAAUGAUAAACAUUUACAUAGAGCUGUGCGAAACGUGUCAGAAAAAGCCAAGUUCUGGAUUAAAAACUAAACAUGCAAAUAGCCAAGAUUGCACCACACGAUGUCAAGUAGAAAUCAUAGGGAUGGAACCAGAUAAUGGGUAUACGAAUAUCCUCAUUUAUCAAGAUCUAGCAACGAAAUUCAUUCAACUACGCCCGCUGAAAACUCAAAGCGUUAUAGAAAUUGCCGAUGUUCUAUUGGAUAUUUUUACCAUAUUUGGUGCACCAUGUAUUCUGCAGAACAGUGUAAGCAAAGAGUUAGCUGAUAAUAUAGUUAAACAAUUGUAUAUCACGUGGCCACAAUUGAAAAUGGUUCACGGCCCAGAAACUGAGGCUUAUGAGCUUGUAUCUGAUGUGACAAAACGGUUGAAAAUCUGGUUAGGUGGAAAUACAAAAAAAUGGACGGAGGGGCUGCGAUUUGUCCAAUUACUUAAGAACUCAGAUGAUAGUUCAGACAAAUCAGCUUUCGAAGCAAUGUUUGGGAUUAAAGCACGUAUUGGUUUAAAGCCGCGAUUGCCUGAAUAUAUGCUUCCUAAUAUUAAUACAGAAGAAGAUUUGGAGACUUUUUUGACAGCAGGUGAAGUGCCUGUUUCUGUUCCUGAAUCUCAUGAUGAUAUGAAAUAUGAAGAUAACAGAAUCAAUCUAGUGUUACCUGGCCCAAGUCAUGAUCAACUGGGUUUUGAUAAUAUGGACAUAAAGAUUGAAGAUACCGUGAUGAAGAUGGACCACGACGCUUUGGAUGAGUUGUCAUAA